GGCUUUGGUUCGCGAUGGAAGUAAACAUAAAGAGAUGGACUCGGCGAGGAAGAGACCUCCGUCCACGCUGAAGUGGUGCUUCUCGGAGCUCCGCGAACUAUUCCGUAGCUGAACAGAGUAGCGCCGGCAUUCUCAGGGGGUUUCAUUCCUUCGGUUUGUGUGUGUCUGAGCGCCGAGGGGCACCGUCCCCAGCGGCCCGGGCAGCGGGGUAGGCUGCUCAGUGAUGCUCCUCUCGCUCCCCCGCGAAGAUGGAUGAGAAGUCCGGCGGCGCUCGGCUCCUGCUCGCCCUGCUCAUGCUGCUGCUCUUCGGUCUCAUCGUACUGCAGUACGUGUGCCCGGGAACCGACUGCCAGCUGCUGCGCCUGGCCUCGCCGGGGGGCGGCGGCCGGGGCUCCGGGGGCGGCGGGGCGGACGGUGGCGGCGGCGGCGGCGGAGGAACCGGGGGCUCUGGCGGUGGAGGGGACCCGUACGUGGCGGAGGACCGCAGCCUCGCCCGCUUCGUGCCUCGCUUCAACUUCACGGCGAGCGACCUGAGCCGCUUCGUGGACUUCAACAUCAAGGGCGACGACGUGAUCGUGUUCCUCCACAUCCAGAAGACCGGCGGCACCACGUUCGGGAGGCACUUGGUGCGGAACCUGCGCCUCGAGAGGCCGUGCGAGUGCCGCGCGGGCCAGAAGAAGUGCACGUGCUACCGGCCCGGCAAGCGCGAGACGUGGCUCUUCUCGCGCUUCUCCACGGGCUGGAGCUGCGGGCUGCACGCGGACUGGACCGAGCUCACGAGCUGCGUGCCCGCGCUCAUGGACACCCGCGAGCCGUCCAGGACGCAGACCCCCAGGAACUACUACUACAUCACCAUCCUGCGUGACCCCGUGUGGCGUUACCUAAGCGAAUGGCGACACGUGCAGCGCGGCGCCACCUGGAAGGCCUCCCUGCACAUGUGCGACGGACGCGCCCCGACCCUGUCGGAGCUGCCCAGCUGUUACCCUGGUGAUGACUGGUCGGGCUGCUCGCUCGAGGAGUUCAUGGACUGCCCGUACAACAUGGCCAACAACCGGCAGACGCGCAUGCUGGCCGACCUCAGCCUGGUGGGCUGCUACAACGUGUCGGCCAUGAGCGAGCAGGAGCGCGGCGCCGUCCUUCUGGAGAGCGCCAAACAAAACCUGCGCAGCAUGGCCUUUUUCGGCCUCACCGAGUUCCAGCGCAAGACGCAGUAUCUGUUUGAACGCACCUUCCAGCUGUCCUUCAUCGCGCCGUUCACGCAGCUGAACGGAACGCGCGCCACCAGUGUGGAGGUGGACGCGGAGACGCAGCGGCGCAUCCGGCAGCUCAACAGCUGGGAUGUGGAGCUGUACGAGUAUGCCCGCGACCUCUUCCUGCAGCGCUUCCAGGUGGCACGGCAGCAGGAGCGCCGCGAGCAGCGCCAGCGCAGGCAGCAGGAGAGACGACGGAGGCAGAGGGGGAGGGGUUCCGCUCGGCGAGGGGACUCGGGAGGGAGCCCAGGGGAGGAGCGCCAAGCUUUGGCGACCCUCUACCAGGGGCAGGCAGAGCAUGGUGGCAAGGCAGGGGACUGGGUGGAGGACAAGGUACUGAGCUCCUGGUGGGAGCUGGAGGACAACGAGACCACUGAGGACUAUCUGGACAAUGUUGAACAGUGGCGGUAAUGGGGGUGGGGGUGGGAGUGUGGGGUGUGGGGUCAGUCUAGGAUUGGACCCUGCGAUCAGCCAGUUUGUGCUGAUUGACAGGUAUUUAACUGACCCUGUUUAAACACACCUCCCAGAACUGAACACUGCAUCUCUCAGCAUAUGGCCAGUUUAUUUUUUUAUUAUUUUUUUUAAUCUGCUAUUAUUUAUUUAGUUUUUACCACUUCAGCACAAAUGUUACUUCAUGCCAAGAUGCUGGAACUGGUGUGAAAUGGUUUCUUGACACUACUAAGCCCCAGCCUCCGUCCGCACGUAGCUGCUGUCCGCCUCCUGUCAUUCCUCAUGUUCUGUUCGUCUUUCCAAAGAGGGGAAUUUAAAUGUAACAAACUGACUUUGAUUGCUGCUUGUUUAAUUUUGUUUUAUGAUCCCAUGAUUAUUGAUUAUAAUCAAACUGUUUGUUCUGUAGCACAUUCUGUUGUCAUUGUUUUAUAUCAACAUAUUUAUGUUUAGCUCUCAAGAUCAAGAAAAUAUUUUGGGUUGUUUCACAAAGCAAGCUUGCAUAAACUGGCGAGAAAAGUAAUAGACAUGUUGACAAGAGAGCGUUGUCUAACAAACACUUCUGAUCGUCCUGAUUAUUAAUAAUUUUGGCAAAAGUUAUCCAGUUAACUACGUAAUGUCAUUUUUGGAAAUAACCAACAGGUUUAGUAUUGUGGUUUUGUUUUGCUGUGUAUGGGCUCUCCACAGCACAGCUCUUUCUCACCAGGAUGCCUCUGGGCCAAGGUGGGUGAGUGAGUGUGUGCACAUGUACACCCCUCCUCAGCCCAUUGCUUUUAUAAGUCUGUGUUUCUCCCAGUUUUUACCCAGUUAUGCCUUUUUGUACCAGAGCAGCCACUGGCCCCUCACUGCAAAACCUUUGCCACAUAAAUCACAGUGUGGGAAGUAGGAGUGGCCUGGGAAUCAGGCAGCAGUGGUUCGACCCAUUCUAACAGUCAAACUCCAGCUCUCCAGGGGAUAUGAGGUCCCUCUGGGGUGAAGAUUGCAGUCCUGAUCAGCCCAGCGGUUCAUACUGGGGUCAAAGUGCUAGUGUGAAAUCGGCUUUAGAACGAAGAACAGCAUCACGAAAUGAACGUGACGCCGAUGAUGACACAGCACUGCUCCUCUUCACCUGGCUUCCAUGGUCCCCUCUGAACUUUGACAUAGCUGUCAGCCAGGUGCUCCACGACAGCUGCGUGGCGUCUGCUCUCCUCUCGCCAGCCGCAUCGGAGACGUUUCACAGCGUAGCCAUAUUCUGCCUUAAAGUGCCAACUUCCAAUGGCUUUCAGAAGGGAUCUUUUUUAAAAAGUGACGUACAUUAUGGUACAUGAUUGGUUGCAGCCCACAAACAGCGAUCAUGAAGCUAUUUUUGACAGAACAGGUCGCUGUACUGCCUGGUGUCCUGUGGUGGGAGGAGGUCCAGGUGCAACCAUAGGACACAGAUCACUAUCCCCUGACCCCUAAGUCUCAGCUAAAUGGCUGAGCACAGGUGAAAAAUAACAAAAAGGGAGACCAUAACUGACAAACCCUCUACUGCGACUAUCAUCUGUGUGUCAACUAACAGUCUGUUGUGCUCUCUGUGUGGUACGAGUGUCAGGUCAAAGUUAACUCUUCUACCUGGUUGUUUGUUCAUCAACACAAAUCCGUGCUGUAAAACUGUACAUUCCCAAACAGCUACCCAUGACAU